GCUACAGCUACAAAUGCUACAGUAUAUGACAUGUUAAAUGUAUAUAUAUAUUUGUCUCUAUCAAAUAAACAAACAAAUUAUUGUGUACAACUAUUCAAUUCUAAAAACAAAAAGAUUUAAAAAAUCUUUACCAAAUAGGGUUACUGGGUGUGACCAAAUUAAUAUAUACUGGUGUAUUUAAAAAAUACCAAUAGUAUCUCUUCCACUAGCCUGAUAUUUAAAUUCUGCUGUGUAAUGUGAUAUGGUUUAUAAUAAUCCUAUAAAUGAGUAGAACUGUUCAUGACAUUUUAAACAUGAGUAAAAGCAGCUAAUACAUGUUUGUAAAAUAUACAUUGCUCCAAAAGUCAGUGCUCCUUAACUUUAUGUGACGAGCAUAUUGUUGUGUCAAAUGGCAGAACUGCCUAAAACUGUUGAAUUAUUCUUGAUCCAUUUUAUUUACCUGGUUCAGACAGCAGGGGGCAGCACAUGUGGCUUAUGGCACUGAUUGGGUUUUAAAAGCAGGUCUGCAUCCUUUGUUUGAAUCAAUGCUGGAGAGAAGUGUAGACAUGCACCGAUGACUUCAUGGCAGCCUGGCAGUUUUUGAAGAAAUCUCUAACAUGUGAGACGUCUGAAUUAGACUCGGGCGACAACAAAGAUGCACAUGAGCGCAUGGAAAGAAAACCCAAACCAAUGCAGGUGUUCAAGAAGUGAAACUCUCACAGUCACUGAGACUGAGAGGAGAAAUGGAGCAGAAUCAGCUGGACCGAGAAACCUUCUCCUGUUCGAUCUGUCUGGAUCUACUGAAGGAUCCAGUGACUAUUCCCUGUGGACACAGUUACUGUAUGAACUGUAUUAAAACACACUGGAAUGAAGAAGAUCAGAAAGGAAUCCACAGCUGUCCUCAGUGCAGGAAAACUUUCAUACCGAGGCCUGUCGUGGAGAAGAACACCAUGUUAGCAGCUUUAGUGGAGCAGCUGAAGAAGACUGGACUCCAAGCUGCUCCUGCUGAUCACUGCUAUGCUGGACCUGAAGAUGUGGCCUGUGAUUUCUGCACUGGAAGAAAACUGAAAGCCAUCAAGUCCUGUUUAUUCUGUCUGGCCUCUUACUGUGAGAAACAUCUUCAGCCUCAUUAUGAUUCAGCUCCAUUAAAGAAACACAAGCUGGUGGAGCCCUCCAAGAACCUCCAGGAGAACAUCUGCUCUCGUCAUGAUGAGGUGAUGAAGAUGUUCUGUCGUACUGAUCAGAAGUGUAUCUGUUAUCUCUGCUCUGUGGAUGAACAUAAAGGCCACGACAAAGUCUCAGCUGCAGCAGAAAGGACUGAGAGGCAGAGAGAGCUGGAGGUGAGACGAGAAGAAAUCCAGCAGAGAAUCCAGGACAGAGAGAAAGAUGUGAAGCUGCUUCAACAGGAGGUGGAGGCCAUCAAUCACUCUGCUGAUAAAACAGUGGAGGACAGUGAGAAGAUCUUCACUGAGCUGAUCCGUCUCAUCCAGAAAAGAAGCUCUGAUGUGAAGCAGCAGAUCAGAUCCCAGCAGGAAACUGAAGUGAGUCGAGUCAAAGAGCUUCAGGAGAAGCUGGAGCAGGAGAUCACUGAGCUGAAGAGGAAAGACGCUGAGCUGAAGCAGCUCUCAAACACAGAAGAUCACAACCAGUUUCUCCACAACUACCCCUCACUGUCAGCACUCAGUGAGUCUACACACUCAUCCAGCAUCAAUAUCCGUCCUCUGAGAUACUUUGAGGAUGUGACAGCAGCUGUGUCAGAGCUCAGAGAUAAACUACAGGACAUCCUGAGAGACACAUGGACAAACAUCUCACUGACCCUCACUGAGGUGGAGGUUUUACUGUCAGAACCAGAACCAAAGAGCAGAGCUGGAUUCUUAAAAUAUUCAUGUGAAAUCACACUGGAUCCAAACACAGCAAACAGACGACUGUUACUAUCAGAGGAGAACAGGAAGGUGACAUGGAUGGGUCAACAUCAGUCUUAUUCUAGUCAUCCAGACAGAUUCACUGAUUGUUCUCAGGUUCUGAGUAGAGAGAGUCUGACUGGACGUUGUUACUGGGAGGUGGAGUGGAGAGGGAGAGUUUAUGUAGCAGUCGCAUACAAGAACAUCAGCAGAGUAGGAUGGAGGAAUGAAUGUAGAUUUGGUAAUAAUGACAAAUCUUGGUCAUUAUAUUGUUCGCAAGAAGGUUAUGAAUUUGGUCACAACAACAUCUGGACCUCCAUCUCAGGUCCUGGUUCCUCCAGAGUAGGAGUGUACCUGGAUCACAGAGCAGGUCUUCUGUCCUUCUACAGCGUCUCUGAAACCAUGACUCUCCUCCACAGAGUCCAGACCACAUUCACUCAGCCGCUACAUGCUGGAGUUCUGGUUUGGUACAUUGGAGGUUCUGCAGAGUUGUGUAAACCCAAAUAGAUGUUCUGUCUUGUUUCUGAUUGUUGAUCAGGGUUCAUGGUUCUGAUGUCUCUGCUCUGCUGUUCUGUUCUUCUUCAUUGUUCUUGUUUAAAUGUAGUUCUCUGUGUCUGUGUUCCAGGAACCAGAAAGGAUUUCACUGCUGAUGUUUUCUUUCAUUCUUAUUUGACACAGAAAUAUUUCUCCACAUGAAAAUCUAAACUUCUCUGGGCUCUAAUGGUUCUGGUUUCAUAUUUGUAUUGAUGUAUUUGGAUCUUCUGGUUUCUCUUCCACUGUUCUGCAGAACAAAUGUUGUUCUUGUUUAAAUCAGUUGAGAUUGAAGUGAACUGAACUUGCUUCUGGUUUCUUUAUUGUGAUCCAAAGAAGAAAACUGAAACUAACAUCAACUUAGAACUGAUGCUGUUUUCUUCUGAAUCCUUUAGAUUUAGAUCAGAAAAAUAUAUGUCUGCUGUUCUGUCUCUUUGGAUUUCUUCAAUAAAACAACUUGAUUCCAGAGAAA